CCGUACCGCGUGCCUCUCUGACGCCACCCAAUGGCGACAGCGACACUGCUCCUCCUCCUCGUCUGCUUCCUCGCCGCCUCCUUCCUCGCCGCCGGAGGAGGAAGGCGGACGGUGGUGUUCCUGCUUGCGGGGCAGUCCAACAUGGGCGGCCGCGGCGGCGCCACCAACGGCACCUGGGACCGCGUGGUGCCGCCCGAGUGCGCUCCCUCCCCGCGCAUCCUCCGCCUCUCGCCGGACCUCCGCUGGGAGGAGGCGCGCGAGCCGCUCCACCAGGGCAUCGACCUGCACAACGUCCUCGGCGUCGGCCCCGGGAUGCCCUUCGCGCACGCCGUCCUGCGCUCGCGCCGCCUCCCGCCGCACGCCGCCGUCGGCCUCGUCCCCUGCGCGCAGGGAGCCACGCCCAUCACCAGCUGGUCCCGGGGGACGGAGCUGUACGAACGGAUGCUCGCGCGCGCCAGGGCGGCGCUCUCCCUGCCCGGCGGCGACAGGGAGCUCGCGGCGCUGCUGUGGUACCAGGGGGAGGCCGACACCAUCACCCGCCGCGACGCCGACCUCUACACGGCGAGAAUGGAGGCCUUCGUCCGCGACGUCCGGCGGGACCUCAACAUGCCACACCUGCUAGUCAUCCAGGUCGGGCUUGCCACCGGUCAGGGCAAGUUCAUCGAGCUCGUCCGGGAGGCUCAGCGACGAGUCAAGCUGCCCGACGUCAAGUACGUGGACGCCAAGGGCCUCCCCAUCGCCAGCGACUACACGCAUCUUACGACCCCGGCACAAGUGCAGCUCGGCAAGAUGCUAGCCAACGCCUACCUGGCCACGCUGUUAUAGAUGAGAUCUAUUGGCACAUUGCAAAUAAUUCUUGCAUCUGCUCUAUCUGUUCUGUUCUGUUCUGUUUGCUUGCCGGGAUGAAUCAGAGCAAGCAACAUUCUUACAAAUGGCAUUGUAGCUCCUCAUUCAUCGCUACUUUUACUCUGCUGUCUGCUCCUCAGCUA